AUGGCAGACUGGGCUGUUGGUACAGAGCCCGAGGAAUCCCUGGUCGAGCUAUGCCACAAGGUCCUUGAGAAAGAGGGAAGAAUUGGCGGAAGCUUAGGGGGCAUUGCGGUCGUGAAGAUUGCUGCCCAUGUGGCUGUCAAGCUUGGGCGUGGUGUAACAGCGUCCGAGGCUGCAACGCAGCAGUUUGCCCACACAAACCUUGACCCUUCCGUCGUCUACGUGCCAAAGGUCUACCGCUACUUUCGACAGUCUCGAAUCCCGGCUGGGGAAGAGUAUGGAUACCUCUUCAUGGAAUAUAUCCCCGGUCGCAAUCUACAGGAUCUCGACGUAGCCGGAGAUUCGCUGGCACACCUUGUGCCUCGAAUUGUGAAUAUCAUCGAAUCCCUUGGCCAGCUCCGUGCUUCAAAACCAGGGCCGGUCGGUGGUGGCAUCCCACUGGGAUACAUCUAUGGUGACGAUGGCGCCAAGGCAGCUUUCCAUUCUGUUGAGGAGAUGAAUACCUACAUGAACAAGCGCCUGGCCUACGACGACAAGACCAUCGAUCUGACACGGCACCACCUGGCUCUGUGCCAUGGCGACAUCUGUCGGCGGAAUCUCAUACUCAAAGACGACGGGGCACUGUGCCUACUUGACUGGGGAUAUGCAGGGUUCUAUCCGCGCUUCUUCGAGCUCGUCGCACUUAAAUGCACAUUUCCUUAUGACAAGCUGUUUGAAGGGGCACUUGAGCGCGAGACGGAACUCGCUAUGGGCCUUACUCAGGAGGAACAGGAUGAUAUGAAACUAGUCACAUUUGUCCGCGGUGCAAACUUGCGUUGGUCAUUUGAUGGCCCUACACCGCAGGAUCAAGACGCAUUCAUUGCAUCUCUAGAGCGACAUGCCGGGCUUCAGCACGACGACAGUUUUCCGACUGCCGAACCUGGCAAAGAGACACCAGACCAAUGA